CGCACCAGCACCCUCAGCACCGCCUGCGCCGAGCACCGCGACCAGCACGUCCUGGUCCUGGAGCACGUGGUGCUGCGGCUCAGCAUCUCCCACCCGCGCCGCGGGGACCUCCACAUCAGCCUCGUCUCGCCGGCGGGCACCAGGUCGCAGCUCCUCGCCAGGAGGGUGUUCGACCACUCCAACGAGGGGUUCAAGGGCUGGGAGUUCAUGACCGUCCACUGCUGGGGGGAGCGGGCGGCGGGGGAGUGGACCCUGGAGAUCCACGACACGCCGUCCCAAGUGCGCAACCCCACGGCACAAGGGAAGCUGAAAGAGUGGAGCCUCCUCUUCUACGGGACAGCCGAGCACCCCUACACCACACUGGGCAGCCCCCAGUCCCGCGGGAGGACGCAGGAGGUGCCAGCAUCAGAGAUGGAGCCAUCUAGAGCAGCCUUCCUACAGAGCCAGGUGGAGGUGGCAGAGGAGGAGGAGGAGUACACGGGUCCCUGCCACCCCGAGUGUGGUGACCAAGGCUGCGACGGCCCCAACGCCGACCAGUGCCUGAACUGCAUCCACUACAGCCUGGGCAGCAUGAAAACCAGCAGGGUGUGCGUGAGCUCGUGCCCCGCAGGGUUUUUCGGUGACAAAGGUGCCCGGAGGUGCCGGCGGUGCCACAAGGGCUGCGAGCGCUGCGUCGGGAGGGGCCCCAGCCAGUGCACGGCGUGCAAGAGGAGCCUCUACCACCACCAGGAGAUGGGCACCUGCGUGGUGCUCUGCCCACCCGGGUUUUACGCCGAGGAACGUCAGAAACGCUGUCUGAAAUGUCAUCAAAGCUGUAAAAAAUGUGCCAGUGAAGCAGACAAGUGUACUGCAUGCAAAGAUGGAUUCAGCCUGGCAGGAGAGAGCUGCGUGCCCGAGUGCCAGCCAGCCAUGUACCUCAGCCGGGAGCCCCGACGGUGCGAGACCUGCCCCGCCAGCACAGGGCCGGGUGAGGAGGAGUGUGCACCCUGCACCCCCGAGACCCCCGCGCCCCACUGGCGCUGCGUCCCCGCCUGCCGCGAGGGCUUCUACCCCGCUGACAGCCACGGGCUGCCCAACAAGGUCUGCAAGAGGUGUGAUGACCACUGCUCAGCCUGUGAGGGCUCCAGUGGAAACUGCCUCAGGUGUAAAGAAGGUUUCAGCCUCCUCGGCGGCUCCUGUGUAACAAAUGAAACCUGCACCAACGCUGACAAGACUUUCUGUGAGAUGGUGAAAUCCAACAAGCUCUGUGAAAAGAAGCUGUUCGUGCAGUUCUGCUGUCAGACGUGUCUCAUGGCCGGGUAA